GCGUUGCCCAGCGCGAGGUCAGCGGCUGCUGCGUGGGCCGCGGGCGGGAAGAGCUGCCCUGCCUGCAAUAUCACUUGCCCGUCUUGCCCUGCGUGCGUGCCGGCCCCUUGCUCGUGCCCGGCCUGUCCGGCGUGCGGGCCAACGCCGCCCUGCGCGGCGUGCCCCGGGUGCGAGAAGCCUCCGCCGUGCCCGCCUUGCCCGGGGUGCCCAGAGGCCGAGAGGGCCCGGCAGCGGGCCGCGUUCCAGUUCAGUUCGGCGUGCCUCGCGUCGACCCUCUCGUCGGAGUGAUGGCGGCGCCCGGAGACUACAUCCUGCUGGUCUACAGCGAGCCUGAGCAGCCCCUCUAUCAUGAGGCUUCGGUGACAGGAGUCUCGGUUGCGACGCCGACGACGAUCACGAUGGCGACGCCAGACGGGGACCACUACCCCCAGAGCGUCGAGAUCGGCGACGACGUGCUCGAGGUGAGAUGGAUCGGCAUGCAGGGGGCGACCCCGCCAGGAGUCGAUGCUCGCCGCAUGCAUCGAUUCCAGCAGGUGCCAUCGGCACAGGUGCUGCAGCAGUACUUCAGGGACGCGGCGCUGAUGCUCGGCAACGUCGCGCCGCCGCCGGCUUUGCAGCAGAGGCAGGGGCCAGCCCCAGCGGCGGCAGCGCCGCCAGGCCGCCUCUGGGUGUACGCCGAGGAUUGCGAGGGCCAUCGGCGAGGCGAUGCAGUCGGGGCGCUGCCAGCCGACGCAGUGACGAUGGGAAAAUACGGGCUCGCGCUGCUCCAAGAGGGCACCGCCCUCAUGCAGAUAGUCGAGCGGCGCAAUGUGGAGCCGUAUGUCAUGGAGGACUUCCGCGCACUGCCAGCGAAGUUCGACGGCGCUGGUCAACGUCGUCGCCCAUUCGCCGAGUCCGUCCAGAAGGGUGGGCUCGAUAUGACCGGGCCGAGGAUGCGCUUCAACCGUUUGCAGCAGCUCGCCGCGGCCAGCCAGACGCCGAUCACGCAGAGCGAGCACUGGCGGCGCGCGGCUCGGAUUCCGGACGGGGACCGCAGCCAGUGCGAGCACGGGGCGCUCCCCCACAUCAUGGAGGCGAUGUGCAUGGUCGACCAGUUGAACGCGCCGGCGAUGAAGUCGGCGGAGUUGGUCAGCCGGCGUCUCCAGCUGAUUGAGGACGCGCACGCCUGCGGCGGCAUCGCUGACUACAGCGCGGCGGACCACUACAUGGGCUGGUCGACCAGGCGGUCAGGGGCCGUCUCGGACGCAGGUCUGCGGAGCCACGUGGCCGAGCAGGUUCGCGGGGGGGCAGCCGUGGCCAAGGAGAUGAGGAAGGCCAAGGAGGAGCAGCGCCUGCGCAAGCAGAACCCAAACAAAAAAUAA